GAAAUUUAAAGACUAUUUAUGUAUUUUUAUUUUAAAAUAAAUACUCCUCUCUUCCUAUCUCUCCCUCUUUGCCCCAAAUUCAUCAGAACCCUAAUUUCAUCGAUUCACCGGCAACUCACCGUUUUCCUCGAUCGAUCAGUCCGAUUUCUCUUCGUUACAGGAGAUUGACGAUGGAAUCAUCUUCGUCUGUCAUAACGCCAGAAGAUGUAAUGGGGACACUCAUGAACGAUGGAACAAUUGAUUCCAUGAGGUUGAAAAUCAUCACUCAGCUCAAAGCUAAUGAAGAGCUCAAGAAUACCACCAUAAAGAUGGUUGAGCAAAGCAGGGUUCUGAACACACCUGGUGCAGAAAGGCAGACCAAGAGGGAGCUCUUUGAUGCAUUGCGACAAGAACUUGAGACUUCGGUGCUUGAGAAAGCCUCCAAAUCGGUUUGGGAACUUAUUUUGGAUAAUAAAGGGAUAGGGAAGGAAAUAAGUGAAACAGUUGAACAAGUAUUCUGUCGGUUGAGUGGAAGAGAAGCACCAUUAUUUGUGUCGGAUUUCGGACCUCAACCAGAGAAAGGGAAAGAGAAAAAGAGUGGGCAGAAAGAGGAAAACAGUGAAACUGGGAAAAAUAAUUCUGAAUCUGCAGCAAAGAAGAGAAAGAUGAACACAGAGGAAGAGUUUGAUGAAGCUGUCUGCAAAUCUAGUGACAAAUCACCCUCAUCGGAUGAUUCUGGUAAAAUGCUGCCACCUAGUGUGAGAAGUCAAUCCACUUCCUGAAUCAACUCCGUUGUGUCUUAUUCAGCUUUUAGCAAGGCGAGUAGAAGUUACAUAAUAGAGGCUGAACUCGAGGUUAAAAGUAGUACAGUACAAAGAAAAGUAAAGUAAAAGUCGGAUGGCUAUUUAGCAGCAGUGAGCAUUGUCUUCAGCAGAGGUUAGGUUCUUGCUGUGUUCAGCCACAUUAUUGCUCUCUCUUUGAAUGUUGUUAAUGUGUUGUAUUGCAGCUCCGCCAUUAGAUGGUGAAGGAGUACAUGAUAUAAUCUGUUUCAAUUAGCUCAACUUUUUUACAGUAGCAAGUUGCAGUCCAAGCAUUAGCGCAUAUAGUUCAACAUAUAUUACCAUAAUGUGAUAUUGUGAUUGCAUGCGAACAACUGAAUGCCCACUAUGAUCAUGAAGGGGUACAUGUAGGUGCAUUUGAUUUUUGGUUUUUGUCUGAGAGGGAAAAAAGUAGACAGUAAAAUGCAGAAAUUUCAAAUAUAUGUGUGUAAAGAAGAGGAAAGCAGCCAACUUGGAUUGUUUUUAGUCUUGUUUA